AUGGAUACUAUUGUAUCAAAACUACAAGAGAUUGUAACAAAACAGUUUGAUUAUUAUAACAUGAAAAAAGGUCAACAUAAUGUAACAGUUUCACUGAGUGCUACGAAUCAACUUAAAUUUACAACACUAUAUGAUGUUACUUGUCAAGUCUGUUUAUUAGAUGCUUCACAUAGAGCAAGACUUAUUUUAGGUGCAUAUGGAAUAGAACUACCUAUUAUAUCAGAUAAUGAACUAAAAAUGCCAAAACCACCUAUGUUCAACUUCGGGUAUCAGUUAUAUCUUCGUUCAUCAAUGUCUGUCAUCUCUGGGUUCAAUAAUAUUGACCAAGUUGAUGAUCGAAGAAAGAUCAUGUACAGAUCUACAUGUUAUAACAUCAAUGAGUUCUGGAUACCUGGUAAACCUCUUAUAUGUAAGGAAUCCUCACCAUGGAUAGAUGCAUUUCCUUGGGAACUAACUAAUGUUACGUUUACUUUAGUUGACUUCCAAGAUCAGCCUGUACGAUUAUUGUCACCAAUGUUUAUGGUGAUAGAGAUUAAACCAGAUAAGCCAGAAGUUAGAGAAACCAAUGAUACAGAAUCUUCGUACGAUUAUGAUUACGAUGACGAUUAA